AUGGCUUCUCGAUACGAGCCAUUGCAUGUGAUGUUGGUGUGUCCCCAACCACGAACCUUCUUCCGGUCCCCCGGGACGCCGUGGCGGGCGGAGGCCCGCCGGUCCCCGGGAUGCCUGGCGGAGGGCGGAGCCGGCCCGCCGUCCCGGGGACGCCUGGCGGGCGGAGGCCCGCCGUCCCCUGGGACGCCUGGCGGGCGGAGGCCCGCCUCCCGGGCUGGCUUGGAGCGGAGCCCCUGCGUCCCCGGGACGCCUGGCGGGCGGAGCCCCGCGGUCCCCUGCGGGCGCCUGGCGGGCGGAGGCCCGCCGUCCCCGGGAGCCUGGGCGCCAGGCGCGUGGGAGCCUGGCCGGGCCCCGACCCGCCCUCCCCGGGACGGCCUGGGCGGAGGCCCGCCGGCCCCUGGACGCCUGGCGGGCGAAGGCCCGCCAGUCCCCCGGCCGGUUCCCCUUGAUCAUUGCCGGUCCCCGGGAGGCGGCCCAGCCCUCCCCGUGGACGUGCCUGGCGGGCGGAGGCCUGCCGGUCCCCGGGACGCCUGGCGGGCGGAGGCCCGCCGGGCCCCGGGACGCCUGGUGGGCGGAGGUCCGCCGGUCCCCGGGACGCCUGGCGGGAGGAGGCCCGCCGGUCCCCGGGACGCCUGGCGGGCGGAGGCCCCGCCGGUCGGGAGCCUGGCCGGGCGGAGGCCCGCCGGCGUCGGACGCCUGGCGGGCGGAGGCCCGCCGGUCUGGACGCCUGGCGGGCGGAGGCCCGCCGGUCCCCUGGACGCCUGGCGGGCAGAGGCCCGCCGGUCCCCGGACGCCUGGCCGGGCGGAGGCCAGCCGGUCCCCGGGACGCCUGGAGGGCGGAGGCCGCCUCCGGUCGGACGCUGUGGUGGGCGAGGCCCGCCCGUCCCCGGGACGUCUGGCGGGCGGAGGCCCACCCCCGUCCCCGACGCCUGCGGCGAGGGGCCCGCCGUCCCCGGGACGCCUGGCGGGCGGAGGCCGCCCGGCCCCGGGACGGCCUGGCUGCGGAGGCUCGCCUGUCCCACGGCCUGGGCGGCGAGGCGCCGGUCCCCGGACCCCUGGCGGGCGGAGGCCCGCCCGUCCCGGGACGCUUGGCGGCCUUGCCCCGCCCGUCCCGGGACGCCUGGCGGGCCCUCGCCGCCGUCCCUUAAGAGAUAA